AAGGUGAACAAUUCAUGUUUCUUCAUGUUUUUAAUACAUCUGCAGGAAGUUCCCUCCGAUUCCUGAGAAAAACGACACGAUGGUGAACUGCUGUGGUCUGCUCACUGACAAGAAGGAACCAGUUCCUCUGAAGGGCAUCGAGGUGGAGGUGGAGGUGAGGGACCAUGUGGCGACAGUGGUCUCUACGCUGCACUAUGAGAACAAGGAGGACAAACCGCUCGAGGCUGUGUUUGUGUUCCCUGUGUUGGGACUGAUUUUACAAAAAAGAAUGAGACAUGUACCUCUGACUCAACUGGAUUAAAGAAGAGUUGAAAACCAUUCUCAUUUGCUGUUCGCUGUCUGUCUAUCUGGAUAGCCAUUUCAACAUCUAGAAAGGACAGAACAUUCCCCAUGCCUGCAGAUGCUGCUGUCUGUCAUUUCAGUGCAAAGAUAGGACAGACGCAGGUUGUGGCUGAGGUGCAAGAAAAACAAAAGGCUCGUGAGGAGUAUGAUGAUGCAUUGAGCUCCGGUCAGCAGGCCUUCCUGUUGGAGGAAAGUGAGCAGAGCCCAGAUAUAUUCUCUCUGAGUGUGGGCAGCCUGCCUCCAGAGGAGAGCGCCUCCAUCAGGCUGGAGUACGUCACUGAGCUGGCUGUGCAGGCUGAUGAUGGACUGAGAUUCUGUCUGCCUGCUGUGCUCAACCCUCGCUACCAACCUCAGGGUAGUGAAGGUGGCAGCGCUCAGGUGACCUCUGUGCCAGCUUCUCUUGUGCCCUACAGUCUGUCCUUCUCUGCCCGGGUGUCCUCUCCUCGACCCGUGUGUAAAGUGGAGUCCAACUGUUCCCUGGACCCUCUCCAGUACCUCAACACAGAGCAAACCCAGGCCUCGGUCCAGCUGGCUGCAGGACACAAGUUUGACAGGGAUGUUGAGCUGCUGAUUUAUUACAAAGAUGCCCACCAGCCCGCUGCUGUGGUGGAGGCAGGACAGGCCUCUGCCAAGCCUGGCAGUCUGAUGGGUGACCCAGUAGUGAUGCUGAGCCUGUACCCAGAGUUCCCCCAGGCUGUGAUGUCUAAAAUGACUUCAUGUGGGGAGUUUGUGUUCCUUUUGGAUCGAUCUGGAAGUAUGGAUUGUCCUAUGGACAACAGCCAUCAGGGUGAGACUCGCAUCAGCAGCGCCAGGGACACUCUGCUGCUCCUGCUGAAGAGCUUGCCAGUGGGCUGCUAUUUCAACAUCUACAGUUUUGGUUCCAGAUAUGACUCUAUCUUCCCAAAGAGUGUGGAGUACAGCCAAAAGAGCAUGGAGGAUGCUCUGAAGAUGGUAGAGAAAAUGAAGGCUGAUAUGGGAGGAACAGAGAUCCUGCAGCCCCUCAAACAGAUCUUCAGCCAGCCAUGCAUUCCCAGACAGCCCAGACAAUUCUUUAUCUUUACUGAUGGAGAGGUGGAGAACACCAAAGAAGUUAUAAAUCUGGUGAAGAAGAAUGCAGCUUCUCACAGGUGUUUCUCCUUUGGGAUUGGAGAGGGUGCCAGCUCUGCUCUCAUCACUGGGGUGGCCAAGGAGGGAGGAGGUCACGCCCAGUUCAUCACAGGAACUGACAGGAUGCAGCCCAAAGUGAUGCAGUCUCUGAGAUUUGCCCUGCAGCCAGCCGUGAUGGACAUCUCGGUUACGUGGGAUCUGCCGAAAGGAGUGUCUGUCACCCCCCUUUCUCCGUCCAUCAAAAACCUUUUCCAGGGUCAAAGGUCACUGCUUUAUGCCCAGCUCACUGGAGAGAGUACGGGUGCCUCAGACAGCUGUGUGACCGUGAAGUACAGGCUGGCAGAUCAUCCCUCUCAGAACCAGCUCCACUUCAGUCUCAAACUUACAGAGGACACGGGAUUGACAAUCCACAGGCUGGGGGCUCGGACUCUGAUUCGCUCCCUGGAGACGGAGGACGGAGAGCCGAGUGGAGGAGUGAAGGAGAAGGUGGUUGAGCUCAGUGUCCAAUCAGGAGUGAGCAGUGCCUUCACUGCAUUUAUUGCCGUCAACAAAGGGGAUGGGAAAGCUAUCCAAGGGCCUCUGGUGCGCAGAAAUGUCCCAACACCCAUGAUGUAUUAUCAAGCCUGUAUGUCUGCUCUGUCGUCAGUGAAAAAUUAUCAACACUGUGUUAUGCAGCAGCAACAACAGUGUCUUGCUCUCGGUGCUAUCCCGAUGCCAGUGCUUGGUUGUCAAGCCCGUGCUAUGCUGGCGCCAUGCUCUAUUGGUAACCGUGCUAUGCCGAUACAAGCUGUAUAUUCAGGAAUGAAGCGGCGGAAAUACGAUGAGUCUGAACACACUUUAUCCUGUGAGCCCCAGCAGCCACCCAGAGAGCCCCUGCUGCAGCUGAUCUCUCUCCAGAAGGCCUCUGGCUCCUGGCUGCUGGAGCCGGCUCUGGCUGCUGCGCUGGGAAAGACCAGCGAGGAGCUGGAGAAGCCCAAGCCUCCAUCGGUGACCCAGGAAGUGUGGGCCACCAUUCUGGCUCUGAUCUGGCUCCAUGGCUUCAAGAUGGAGGCUCAGGAUGAGUGGGAGUUUCUUGCUAUGAAGGCUGUGUCAUGGCUCCAUGCUCAGAAAGCUCCCUGUGUGGCAGAGUGUGUGGAUGCUGGAAAUGCACUGUUGGGUGUCAAGGUGCACAAAGAUGCCCUGGGGCUGUGAGACUUUACGCCUGUGGCUUCUCCUUCAGUCUGCUAACAGGGGGUUUGCACACACAAGUGCAGUCUAUUCCAGCCUGCAACAUUUACUUCAUUUACAGAGCACUUCAGUUUUUCCACAGCAGCAAUUGAAUCCCACAAGUGGGUGCAUGUCUACACUGCGACAAACUGCUUUGCACUGUAUUGUGAAAAAAAGAAGUCUUCAUUAUUCUCUUUGCACUGCAGUCAAUGGACUGCCAUUUGUCAUGAUGCAAAACAUAAAGAACUGUACUUGUGCCUUAAAUCUGUCAUAUUGGUUUGUUUCUGAAAUAAAAUUUGUGAAAAUGAAAAUUAA